CUGAUCAUACCCAUCUCUCUUUCUACUCCGUUUAAAAGAUCGGCUUUGCCUGUUUUGUGCUACAUUUUUUAGUUACUCAAAAAUAUAAAAUAAACCCCAAUUUCCUAAUUCCCACCAUUUUCUUCCUUCUCUUCUUCUCCACUAAAUUUUACAGUAUUCCAUCGGAAUAACAAAAAAACCUGGAUGAUGGAGAGCACCGACUCAUCCGCCGGACCACAGCAGCCCAAUUUACCGCCUGGCUUCCGAUUUCAUCCCACCGAUGAAGAGCUCGUCGUUCACUAUCUCAAAAAGAAAGCCAAUUCUUCCCCUUUGCCCGUCGCCAUCAUCGCUGAGGUCGAUCUCUACAAAUUCGAUCCUUGGGAGCUUCCGGCAAAAGCUACGUUUGGAGAACAGGAAUGGUACUUCUUUAGUCCAAGGGAAAGGAAGUACCCGAAUGGUGCGCGACCCAAUCGAGCAGCGACGUCUGGGUAUUGGAAGGCGACGGGGACGGAUAAGCCGGUGUUGGCCUCGGAUGGAAGUAAUCAGAAGGUUGGGGUGAAAAAGGCGCUAGUAUUCUACGGCGGAAAGCCGCCUAAGGGAAUCAAAACCAAUUGGAUUAUGCAUGAAUAUAGGUUGGCGGAUAAUAAGCCUUGUAUCAAUAAGCCUCCUGGCUAUGAUUUGGCCAACAAGAAAAACUCUUUGAAGCUCGAUGAUUGGGUAUUAUGCCGAAUUUACAAGAAGAACAACUCACACAGGCCAAUGGAUCAAGAAAGGGAAGAUUCAAUGGAAGAAAUGAUAGGAUCAAUACCACAUUCCUUGAGGCUAAAUGAUCAAUAUCCAAAGUUGGGUAUUAAUUACUCUACAUUGCUUGAAAAUGACCAAAAUUUGCUUCAAGGUAUAGUGGCCAACAAUAACAAUGAUAAUAAUAAUAAUGGAGCUGUUAGCAAUGGUACCAAUUCAAAACGUCCUGCCUCUCUUUUUUGGAGUGAUGAAGAUCAAGAUCAUUCGGGCAUUUCAUCAAACAAGAGAUUACAUUUUGAAAACACUACUGAUGGGGCUUCUACUUCCAUUACAAGGACUCAUAGUAGUAGUCACAAUAAUCUCCAAAAUUCAACUUCCUCCUUCACCACUCUACUCACCAACCUCCCGCAAACGCCACCCCCACCUUUGCACCACCACAGUGGCGCCCACUCCGUCCUUGCUUCCAUUGGAGAUGGCCUUUUCCGUCCUGCAUAUCAAAUCCCAGGUGCAAAUUGGUACUCUUAGACAAUCCAGGCCAUUUCAACCUAGUUGAAUCAGGUAAUUUAAGUUUUUAAACUAAAUGAUUUAGAUUUUAGAGAAAUGUUAUUUGGAUAUAUAGGUAUUCAGGGGUUUUAGUUUGGUAGUAGGUAAUGUUGGUAUAUAGAGACAUUUUCCAGAUUAAAAAACACAAAAACCUCAAAAAAAUAAAUAAAUUAAAACAAAAAACAAAAACACUCUCUUUGAUGACCAAUUUCAAAAUUGAGGGCAUAAAUUAAUAUUUUCUACAUAAUUAUUAUAGAUUCCAUACCCAUUUGAAAGGAGGCCAAUGUAUACAUAUAGUUUUCUUUUUCUUUUCUUUUCUUUUCUUUUUUGUUUGAAGAAAUAGAACAGUGGUAAUAACCCUUUUGUACAGAGUAGUUAAUUAAUCAUAUAUAUUAUAUGGUCUAUUUAUAUGCA